AAUAAAAGUAGAGAAGAAAGCCCUAGAAGUGAAGAAUAAAAAUGGGGACACAGCUCUGCAAUUGCAGCAUCAAGGGGUUUUACAAACAUAUGCAGGUGCGUCAUUGGGGAGAAUAUGGAGAGGAAGCAUUUGUUGAGAUUGGAGAACAAGAAAGGGGAGACGCCUUUCUUUCUAGCUGCACUCAACUGGCACAAACACUGCUUUGCUUACCUCUCUUGUGUGCUCAAACAAAUGGAAAACGAUGUUGAUAUUUUAAUCCUCAUGACUCGCGGCUCCCAAACAGACAAAGAAAAACGAAAAGGAGAGAGCAUUCUUCACUGUGCCAUCAACAGAGAAUGUUUCGAUUUGGCUUUCAUAUUAGCCAGUAAGCAUCCUUUCCUUACUAGGUAUGCCCAUAAUGGAAUCACUCCACUCCAUCUUCUUGCCAAAAGACCCUCAGCCUUCCAAAGUACAACCAAACUUUCACACUGCAAGCAACUGCUCUAUCACGAUGCUAAGAAGGAAAAGGAAAAAUGCAACGACGAGAUUAAAUGGCUUCCAUUAUCUAACAGCUCAAAGAAAAAAGAGGACCAAUUGCAUGAUCAGGUGUUAGCAUACUCACAACACCUAGCACAAGGACGUUGACGUGAUGGGCUGAAGGAUUACCACCUAUGGAAAAGGUCAAGGGCAGGAAAAAUUAGCAUACUCAUACUAGACUAAAACUUUUGAUAUGCUUGUUUUGAUUAUACAUUGGU